CCUUGACUUCGCAAGGGUUUCUGGGAAUCUGAGGCCUGCAGGCAGAACGACCGCCCUUUUUUGGAGCAACGAAAGAAGAAGAGUGCUACAUGCGUCGAAGGAAAUAAUAUCGCAAAGCAACUUUCUGAAGCAGAUUGACCAAACUUGAGAGAAGGAUACGGUCCACGAUGGCGGCUGAGGCGGAGGCGGAGCUGGAGCGAGGCGAUGAGUACCCAGCGCAUUACAAAGUCAUGAUGGACAAACUCAACGAACAACGACAGCUGGACCAGUUCACAGACAUCACCUUGAUUGUGGAUGGACACCAGUUCAGAGCCCAUAAAGCAGUGUUGGCAGCAUGCAGUCAGUUUUUCCAUACGUUUUUCCAAGAUUUCACCCAGGAGCCUCUGGUGGAGAUUGAAGGAGUGAGUAACGCAGCCUUUAGCCAGCUGAUGGAGUUCACGUACACAGCCACGCUAGUUAUAGUCGGAGAAGAAGAGGCCAACGAUGUCUGGAAGGCCGCUGAAUACCUCCAAAUGCACGAGGCCAUCAAAGCGCUCAACGUAAAAAUAAAUGACAAUCCCUCGCUGACUGCAAAGAGCAAAGGUAAAAAGAGGAAGAUUGCGGAGACAUCUAAUGUGAUAACAGAAACCCUUCCUUCGGCCGAAGGAGAACAGAUGGAGAUUGAGGUAUUGGGGGAAGGGGCCAUCGAGGUGGAGGAGACCGGACUGGAGGAGGUGGUCGACGCGGCAAAGAAUGCUCAGGCGGCGUCCGACGACUCUGCUUUGGCUCUUUUAGCUGACAUAACCAGCAAGUAUCAGCAAGGGGAACCUGCGCUGCAUGUCAUGAAGAAGGACGCAAUAGAAGAGGAGGUGGUGUAUCAGGAGGAAACGGUGACUGCCUCCAAGGUGCUGGAGAAUGUCGAGGUCGUAGAGGUCCAGAUUUCCCAAGUGGACAACAUGUUCCGCUGCAACAAGUGCGAUCGCAGCUUCAAGCUGUACUACCACCUCAAACAGCACUUGAAAACACACCUUGGCUCGCUGGAAAAACCCCACGUGUGCAACUACUGCGGGAAGGCCUACACGCGGGAGGGCGCCUUGAAGCAGCACGUCACCACGUUCCACUUUGAUGCAGAGGAGCUGUCUCUGAACCAGAAGCCCCAGAAGAGAGUGCACGUGUGUGAAUACUGCAAGAAGCACUUUGACCACUUUGGCCACUUUAAGGAGCACUUGCGGAAGCACACUGGUGAAAAACCUUACGAGUGUUCAGACUGCCACGAGCGAUUUGCACGGAACAGCACCCUAAAGUGCCACAUGGCAGCCUGUCAGAACGGGGCCGGAGCCAAGAAAGGACGCAAGAAACUCUACGAAUGCCAGGUCUGCAGCAGCGUAUUCAACAGCUGGGACCAAUUCAAAGACCAUCUUGUGAGCCACACGGGCGACAAGCCCAAUCACUGCACCAUGUGCGACCUGUGGUUCACCCACCCAAAAGACCUCAAGGCCCACCUCAAACACAUCCACUCCAUUGAGGACAAGUCAACGGAGGAAGUGGUCAUCAGCGACUCUGCCGCCGCCACGUCCGCCGCCCUCGCCAUCGAAGCGCAGGGCGUAGAGACAGCCGAAACGGUUCUGCUGGAAGACGGCAUCCAGGUGGAGCACGUCACGAUGGAGCCCGUGGACGUGAUGGAGAUGGAGGAGAGGACGACGGUCGUGCUGGAGGACGGAGGGGUGGCGGAGAUGUGCGAGGAGGACGUGGAGCGAUUGAAGCAGGCCGGCUUGCAGAUCCAAGUGGUGCACGUGACCACGACUGAAGUUGACGGGCAGCAGGUGGUGAACUCUCAGGUGGAAGUGGAGGUGGCGGGCGAAGUGGUGAGCGUCGAGGAGGAGGAGGAGGUGCAAGCAGUGGCCGUAUGAGAAUGUGGAAAUAAAAGGACUGUGUCACAAAAGGAAGUGCAGGACACUCUUUCAGUCCCGAGCGGAGGCGCUCCCCUGGAAGCUGAGAGGUUUUUACAUAAAGAACUGUGCAUGUGAAAUACAGCAUGUUGCCAUGCAACAUGUCCGGCUGUCUGCCAUCACUCCCUUAACUUAUGGGCGGGGCUACGGAGACGCAUCAUUUUCCGCUACUGAUCCUGUAUUUAUUUUUAAGGUGUUUGCCAUCAUAUCAAAUGUUUUUUUUUAUCACUCUCCAGUGCUUCAAUCAAUUUUUAAAGUUUUUUUUUGUGCACUUAUUUUACAUCUGAAUUAUAUUUUAUUUUGGGUCACUUGCCAAGACCGUUUGACAAUGAAAAGGGCCUUGUUGCUGCAUACGUAUGGUGCUGAAUUUCCAGUCUCCAGGUUUGUUUAAGCUUAUUUUCAUAUAGACUUUGUGUUUUCCUAGGAAAAACCAAAUAAAAUGUGUCUCCAGCAUGG